AUGACUGCUUGUGGUGGCGGUGUUGUUGCCAUCGCAGCUAUUUGUGGUGGUGUGGAGGUGGCAUCACAACUAUUUUAUGGUGGUAGUGGAAGCGGCAUCACAGCUAUUUGUGGUGGUGGUUUAGGCGGCAUCAUCACAAUUUGUGGUGUUGGGGGAGGCGGCAUCACAACUAUUUCUGGUGGUCGAAGUGGUGACAUCACAACUUUGUGGCGGCACCACCACUUUGUGGUGUUGGGGGAGGCGGCAUCACAACUUUGUAGUGGUGGAAUUGGUGGCAUCACAACUAUUUGUGGUGGUGGAGGUUGUGGCAUCACCACUAUUUGUGGUGGUGAUGGUGGCCUCACAACUGCUGGUACCAUCUGCUGUUGA